AUGGCAGUUAUCGAAUUAAAAUUCUCUGGCACUUUUGCCAAAACUGAUUAUUUACAAGAAUUUUCCUGUGUUGGUUGUCAGCAUUACCUUACGGAGCAGGACAUUUCCAAGGGCAAUUAUCGCCUUUAUGUUAGCGAUUACGCGAAUGAAGUUAGCAAAGAGGAGUUUUUUUCCGCUCGUUUAGGGCGGAAUUUAACCUCUUACG